CGUAGCCAUUUUGGCUCAAGCCUGCCUUGGGCGCCAGGCGGGCGGCAGCGUUGGGUCCUGCGCUUCUCGCUUGCUCAGGGGGAAGCGUUAUCCUCUUGCCGCGGCCAUGGCCCAGGCGGUGGCUACGGUCCCGCCCCCGCGGGGGGGCGAGCGCAGGCUGCUGGCGGCGAUGGCGCCGCUCGUGCAGGCCGCAGCGCAUGGGGCAGCGGCUGGAGGCGGCACCCGCCAGGUGGUGGCGGCCGCGGCGGCGGCGGCCAUCCGCGCGUGCGCGGAGGUGCUGGCUGAAGGCGAUAGCGACGACGGCGAGAUCGACAAGGAGGUGGCAGUGCGCGAGGAGCUCGCACGGCCGCACCUGCGGCUCCACGUCGCCGCUGGGCGCCAUGGGGCGCGGGCCCAGCCCUCUGGGGCCUGCCGCGCAUUCCGCCACUGGGCGCUCCACGCGGGCUUCGGGGGCGGGGCGGCGGCGGCGCCUGCGACGGCGGCGGAGGCCAAGAGGCGCAUCCGAUGCCGUGGCGGCCUGGAGAGGGACCCGCCGCCUGCAGGCACGCUGGGGCUGGAGGGCAGCAGCGGGGACUCCUUUUCCGAGGACGCGUCGGAGGUGCCGAACGUGCUGAGCGAGAAUGGGGAGAUGAAGGACAUCGAGGGCGCCCCAAACUGCAAGGCCACGGAUGAGCUGAAGGAGAGGUCCUUGCUUAAGCCAGUGGCGAAGCGGAUGGGGGUGCCGACGGAAAAGGCCAGCGAGUACGCCCCAGACACCAAGGGUGAGAAGGUGGGGGUGCUGGUCUCGGACAUGAGCGUUGGAGACGUGCUGGGCCUGGGUGACACUCGCAUCUGCAAGGGGAAGUUCCGGUGCGACCCCGAGAAGCAGAAGGAGCUGAGGAAGCAGGGCGCGCUGGUCGGGGGCACGGUCGACAACAGCGCGGAGGCUUGCGCGCAGGACUGGUUCAUCGGGGAGCUGUCCGUCGAGGUGGGCACGCAGGCGGUGGACCAGGUCGAGGGCGAGGGGCAGCAGCAAGGCGUCGGCUCCGUCAAGAGCGACGCUGACCGAGUGCCGCCCCUCGAGCACGCGCGGGAGGUCAAGGUCGAUGCGCAGGAGCGGCUGGCUGCGGCCGUGGCGGCCCAGGCGGCAAUCCUGAGCGGCGAUCUGGCCGAGGGGCUGCGGUUGCUCGAGGCGGCUCAGGUCUUCGGCCAGGCUGAGUGAGGCGUGCAGUUGCGUUCUGCAUGUAGAUCUGGUCUCGCCUCGGUGGGUGGGGUGGGGUGGGGGGGGGGGGGGCGUCUGAGGCGGAUUGUCCCUUCCGCCUGCCCAGGCCCGAAGUGGCCGCCCCGUUUUGGCGUCGUAGGGGUUUCCCUUUUGCUUUGAAGGCCCCGUCUUUAAUUUUAACUUUAACGCACAGGAGCACGGCAGAACAUCUAGGAGCACGGCAGGGUUGGACCAUGGCAGAACACACAGGGGCACGGCACAUCCCUACGCCUUGAAGGCCCCAUCUUUAACUGUAAUUUUAACACACAGGAGGCCGGUAGAUAGCUUG